AUGAUAAUAAAACAUGCCUGUUUUGUUUUGUUCCUCUUAUUAGUUGGCUACGGAAACUCUUCGAAAAUUUUGAUACAUAAUCCAAUAUUUGGAUUCAGUCAUGUCAAAUUUAUCAGUAAACUCGCAGAUAUUAUCGCGGACCAUGGUCAUAAUGUGACCCUCUUCCAACCCUAUCAUCUCGCUCUGAAAAAUUUAGAUGGAUUAGUGAAAAACCAAAAUGUUGAAAUCCUCAACUAUUAUCCCAGCCAUUACGAUGAACUUCUGAAAAAAGAAACGCAAACUUUUCCUAUGUUUUGGGAUUCUCAUCUCAUUGGUAACCCAGUUUUAAGAGCUUUCAUGCUUGCUCCAGUGCUAGGAGGAGAGUUCAAAAAAACAGCGAUGGAGGUUCUUUCCGAUAAGAAUUUGAUCAAUGAGUUGAAGAGCAAAAAAUUCGAUGUGGUUAUGGCGGAGACUUGGGAAUUGAGUGGAAUAUGUAGGAAUCUUAAACUGCAAUCAGAAAUUCAGAGUUUCGAAUUUUCAGACCUUGCUCAUCUCCUCGACAUCCCAUGCAUCCCAAUGAUGUCUACAGUGCGUUAUCCCAUUUUCAAUCAAAUUUUCGGUCAGCCAUCUUUUGUGGGACACGUCCCUCAGAUGGGCUCCGUGGGUGCUCCAGAAGCUGGAUUCUUUGAUAGGCUCAACGAUGUCUUUGAAACAUUUUGGGGAAUUAUCGCACAGGAGAGACUGAAUAGCUACCAGAACCAAUUCAUUGAAGAAGCAAUUGGAAGGUCAGUACCAUAUUGGAAAGAUCUAGUGAAGCAGUCCCCAAUUUACAUCACCAAUUCGAAUUCUUAUCUGGAUUAUGCUGUACCUACAACUGCUACUAUUGUUCAUGUAGGAGGGAUUACAAUGGAUUUGAAGAAGAUGAAAAAUGGGGAACCACUAUCAGAAGAAUACGAGGAGAUCUUGCAAGAAAGAGAGUCUACAGUUCUGAUAUCUUUUGGAUCAGUGAUUAGAUCGUUUGAAAUGCCAGAGAACUUCAAAGCAGGCUUGAUAAAAAUGUUCGAGUCCCUUCCAGAUGUCACAUUUAUCUGGAAAUAUGAAAAGGACGACACUGAAUUUAAGAAGAGGCUUCCCAAAAAUGUCAAUCUCAAGAAAUGGGUCCCUCAGCCUGCACUGUUAGCUGAUCAUAGAGUUAAAGUGUUUGUGACCCACGGAGGAUUAGGAAGUAUAAUGGAAGUGGCAUACACCGGCAAACCAGCAAUUGUGGUUCCAAUUUUCGGAGAUCAAAAUCACAACGCAAACAUGUUGGCAAGACACGGAGGAGCACUUGCCUAUAGCAAAUUUGAUCUACCAGAUGGAAAGAAGUUGGCAGGAGUUAUCAAAGAAAUGAUCUCUAAUCAAAAAUACAAGCAAAACGCCGAAACAUUGUUCCAUGUUAUAUCCAACCAGCCAAUCGACCCCACUCAUAAUUUCUUGACCCAUUUGGAUUUCGCCAUAAAGUUCCCAAAUCUUCGAUCUCAAGUUCCUGAAAUCAAUCAAGUCGGACUAAUUGCUCAUUACUAUUUGGAUGUCGUUUUGUUCCUUUGUAUCCUUGGCAUUGCCUUUGCCUAUUUAUCUUUCAAACUGGUUAAACGAAUUUUGAGACGGUUUGCGGGAGAAAAGACAAAAACUGACUAG